AGCCACUCCCUGUUAUCCCAAUUCAGCCCUAUUCCACUCUAAGAUGCGGUCCAUUUCAGCCUUGUAGGAGUUGUAGCUUUCUGAAAUACAGCUCAAGAUAGCAGCCAUUCUCUUAUAACACUCCAGCCCUAAAUAAAAUACUCAAACCUCAAGCCAAAAGAUUUAAAGAAUGGUGGAUCAUUCAAAGGUAUAAGUUUUGGAUCUUAUUUCAAUUUUGUAUGGUUCUCCACCCCAAAAUUAUCCUAACCUAAACCGUCACGCAGCCAUCGACGAACAAUCCAGCUGAAAACCGCAUUAGUCUGGUCGCCAAUGUUCAUACUUCAUAGACAUCGACAAAAUAACUUUCAAUCGCAUGAACAACUCUUGAAGCGACAACUGUUAUUGCUUUUAGAGAGAGAUGAAGUUUCUGGAGUGCUCGAGCUCUCGUUCGGCAUCGCGAGAGGGCCUCGCCUUUUGGCAGUCUUCUUGCUCGCGGUGUUAGAGCGUGGAUGGUUGUCAUCUUUCCGUGUGUCAAGGUCCGAGAUACAGAGAUUCCAUAAGGUUGGACACAUGAAUGUUUCGUCCGGCUUACUGGUCGGAGGGCUCUCUCGGACAUGGGUCUCCUGUGGUGGAUCUUGGUGCUCAGAUGAUUUCUGAGGAACAAUUUGCCACAAAUAAGAGGAGUUAUUUAUACUGGUGUUGUGAAGGAAUAGUGCAGGGCAAAUGCGAGCCAGUUGUUUCCAUACCGCACAGUAGAUUGUCAGGGAAAAAUAUUUGUUUUGAUAUUGAAGAUAUUGAUAACAAAUACUCCGUAUAUUUCACUCUGCCCACCUCCACUUUUG